AUGGAGUUAGGAGCUAAGAAUGGUGGUCUUGAUAUCAAGGAAACAUCAAGCAAGAUCAUAAUUGAAUGUCCUGCGAAGAAAGUUAUGGGUGAUAUGGAACCUCAUGCAGCAAAACAAGUAACACAAUGUUGGAGAUGUUUUCCUAGAGGGUGGUUUCGUUUCUCAUGGAGCAUACCUGGGAAUGGUGUCUAUAGAAUGUUGAAGCGAUGUUGUUUUAUAACAGGCAAGAAACCAGAUGAUGAAUUUACUAAAAGAGACUGUGUUGAAGAAGAGAGCAUCAGGAGCGGAGCUUGGGGAGUUUUCAAAACCAUAUUUAGGGAAACAGAAGGAGGAUCAAAAACGAUGAGCAUAGAAAAUGUGAUUGAGUACAUAUUUACUUUCUUUGUGAUAGCUAACGAGACAACGCCAAGAGUCUUUGCAGCUACUAUAAAGCUCAUAAACAACAACCCUAAAGUCAAGCUGGAGUUGCAGAGAGAGUUUAAGUGA